GGAGUAGAAAGUGAGGAACAUCCCCGCAUCCCGGCUCGGAUAUUAAAGCUUUAUUCUUCUCCCCACGGUGCCAGGGUGGCUGAGUAAGUGGGCGCAUUUCCUGGAUGUCACGCAAAACAAGCAGGUUGCACUGAUUUAGUGAGGCUGACGGGUUGGCUGCCUUUGGGGGGGGCGAGCGGCUCAAUGCGCAGCGGACGCGCACCAUGCAGGAGGAGGAGGGCAGCGGAGCGCACUGAGAGAGACUCUCCAAGAGUUUAAGCGGUGUGUUAACAGAGAUAGAGUAUGACGGGAUGUGAGCUGAACUUGCGGUAGAAUGGCCCCUUAUCUCACAUGGAUCUCUGAGGGAUGGCAGCUUUUCACCACCACCACCAUCAUCAUCACCACCACCCGAGCGCGGACCUGCGGCGGCUCUUCCACCGGCUCACCAUCGCGUCCUCUCUGAGCAUCCUCUGCUUCUCCUUGGUCUAUCUCCUCACUGGAUGCUGCGAGUCGGAGCUGACGGAGAACUCUGAGAUCAAGCCACUCACUCGCGAGUUCCUCGUGUCAGGAUGGCCGUACGAGAGAAACGGUACCAAAGUCGGUGCUACCGCGGAUGGCGAAGGCGCUGUCACCGGUUCGCUGGAGGCGAACAGCUCGGGGAAAGAAUGGACAGCCACCCGGAGGUUACCCCAGGCUCUGAUCAUAGGGGUUAAAAAGGGAGGCACCAGGGCUCUGCUGGAGUUUCUGCGGCUCCAUCCGGACAUCCGCGCCCUUGGGUCGGAGCCGCACUUCUUUGACCGGCAUUACGCACGGGGACUGGACUGGUACAGAAGUAUGAUGCCUAAAGCCCUGGAUGGCCAGAUUGUAAUGGAAAAGACACCUCGCUACUUUGUUACCGUGGAAACGCCAGCAAGAGUCCACGCUAUGUCGCAGGAUGUGAAGCUGAUUGUAGUUGUCCGUGACCCCGUGACCAGAGCCAUAUCUGACUACACACAGAUCAUCUCCAAGACCCCCGACAUCCCUCCCUUUGAGAGCCUCGCCUUCAAGAACCGAACCACAGGUCAGAUUGACUCUCUGUGGAGCCCGCUGUGGAUUGGCCUCUAUGCCCAGCACCUGGAGCGAUGGCUGGCCUGGUUCCCCAGGAAUCAGAUCCAUCUGGUCAGUGGUGAGAGGCUCAUCUCUGACCCGGCUGGAGAACUGGGGAAAGUCCAGGACUUUCUGGGCCUCCAGAGAAUUGUCACGGACAAACACUUCUACUUCAACAAAACAAAAGGCUUCCCCUGCCUGAAGAAGCCAGAGGGCAGCAGUAAACCACAUUGCCUGGGGAAGACGAAAGGGAGGACGCACGCCUCCAUCGACCCGGAGGUGAUGCAGAAACUGAGGGAUUUCUACAAGCCGCAUAACCAGCGCUUCUAUCAGAUGGUGGGCCAGGACUUUGGAUGGCAGUGACCCUUCUGAUUAAAUGAAACCAGUGGCUUUUCUUAGCAUUAAACUGCUUUGGGUAGAAGGCUGUGCAAAUCUGCCGACUGACUGAGACAGAUAUAAAAACUCAAAGUACAAAAGAUCCAGAGAGCAGAGCCAAUUAUCUGUCUCUGACCAGCAGAAGGGUAUCUCAGAGACAAAAUAAAAACCCAGUGUCAAUACAUUCACCUCUAUCAAUCAAUCAUCUUGUUCAAGUGUUUGAAAGACUACAGCAUCAUUUUAUAUAUCAUAGAUGUUCAGUAAAAAAGGUGCAGUUUGUGGUACAUAACAAAGGUGUCCCCUCUCACCUCUCUUGUUUGGUAGGCUACUUACUCCUACCAAAGGUGGUUAAAUAAAGCAUUUGUGUGCAAACUUAGUCAUGAAACUGUGGUUGCUAUAGGUUACGGCUGUAUUAGUUGAGUGGUAAAAUACACAGUGUAGCUUUUAGUGUCUCCGGUCUGCAGUUUAAUCCUGACGCUCUAGUUGGUAGGCUGUAGUGGCACAGUGAAUCCAGAACAGAUGCAUUUCAACAUUCCUGAAUUUCCAUAACUUUCUUUUUUUACUACCUGUUUGUUCUUCAGUCUCACUGGUUAAGAAUUUAAGGGCAAUCAAUGCAUACAUGUUGAGUAUUGUCCUCCAAGCAUUGUUCCCGAAAAGGGGGGGAUGAAUCUUUUAUGUGGCGAGCAGCAGAGGGGUGAGCGAGAGAAUCUUUAUAUGAGCUCAGAUUUGACUGAGUGGUUUUGUAUUCUUGAAUAAUGAAUGUGGAUAAAUGGAUGUAGGGGAACUGGUGUGGAUCACUUGCCUCUUCGCCUAUUGGCACAUUUCUGUGCUAGGCUUAGGUUAGCAUCUGACUGCAAAACCACCCUACUGUACCUUGAGUAAAGUAAAGGGACCACUGGAGGACAACCAAAACAAGACCGGGUCAAAUCAAUGUGAGAAGUUCGACCUAGUGUAUAAACGGCCAUUUCUUUGGAUGUGAUGUAUGAAGCUUUCAGGCUUUGUUAAUGUGAGAAGGCCUGCUUACAGGGUUGUCUGUUUUCAGUUUGCAUGUAUUUGCACUAGUUUGAAAGCAUAAAAAAAUAAAACUAUUUUAAGCAAAGAACUUGCAUUUCAAUUUGUGGUGCUAAUUUUUCUCACAUUUCUUCCUUUUCACUCAUUGUUUUCCUCAAACUGCUGUUGUUAUAAGGUCCCAUUGAGCCUGUAAGGGCUGGAUUUAUGUUUAAUGUGAGUGCAGACAUUAGUGCAAUUGCUUUGCAAAUGUA